AUGUUGUCGAGAUCAAUUCUCACCGGCCUCUUCGGCCUCGCUCUCUGCGCCAACGCGCAGACUGAGGCCCCCAUCGUGACCGACAACUGUCCCACGGAUCUGUACCACUCCCAGCUGCAGAUCAAGCACAACAGCACUGUCAGAGGGUAUAUCGAAGCCUGGACCGACAGCCCUAUAGGCAUGGACUUCCGGGUCGUCCUGAAGGGCAUCGAAGGCCACGAAUCUCUGCUAUACCACAUCCACGAACACCCGGUCCCCGAAGAUGGCAACUGCUACGCGACGGGCGCCCAUCUCGACCCCUACGGUCGCGGCGAAAACCCUCCCUGCGACAUCGGAAACCCGGCGACGUGCCAGGUCGGUGACCUGAGCGGGAAGCAUGGCCCGGCUUUUGCACCCGACGACACCCAGUUCAUAGCCGAGUUCCGGGACUACUUCCUGUCCAAUGUGCCAGGAAGCCCGGCCUACUUUGGAGAUCGCUCGUGGGUGGUGCAUGCGCCCGAUAAGACGAGACUCAACUGUGGGAACUUUAAGAAGAUCGUCCCUGGAGAUGAUGGGAAAUGA